UCCAAUCCAACAGGCGCUGCCUCCUCCAGUCAAUUCCUCCUGACCUUCCUCCGCCUCCGGGCUCCCCCCGUCCUCCCUCCCUCCUCCGCUCGAGCCCGCCCGCCGCUCCGGCUCAGGGCCUCCGCGCCAAACCCUAGCCCUGGGCCCUCUCCUGCCCGCCGCGAGAUGCGCCGCCCGCGAGCCCCCUGAUCCUCCCCCCCCCCCCCCUCCUCCUCCUCCUCCUCCUCCCCGUCCUCCGCCGCGGUUGCUCGUCGUUCCCUUCCCCAGGCAUGGGCCGCUACGGUUUGUUCAGCGCCAUCGCCGCCGGAGAUGGCGGUGGCUGCCUGCCGAUGCCUGUCAUCGCCGCGGAGGCUGCGCUCGCUGCCAUCGACGCUUCCAUCUCCGUCGCCGCCUUCGUGCAGCUAGCUAGAAUUCACAGGCAUGAUCAGCAACAUGGAUGGACUCGGCAAAAGAUAUUCCAUUUUAUGAUUGGCCUAUGCAACUUAGUAUUCCUUGUGUAUUUUGUGUCUACUGUCAUCGCUACUUGUGAGAGAUGGCUUUGUUGGGUCCAUGGAUGUGGAUUUGUACUGAUGGCUAGUCCACAGAUAUUGCUUCUUGCUUCUUUUCUACUUCUGUUGUCAUUCUGGGUUGACCUGUGUCAUCAGACAAACGAUGAAGAUGAAGAGGAUACGAGGACUCACCAUGAAGCUUUACUGGAUAGAACAAAAAUUAAACCCGGUAUCCGUGCUGUUGAUGUUCGCCGGAGGUGUUGCCCAGGAGUACAGCUUGGAAGUCGGCAAAAAUUUGUGAUUUUGGUGCUUCUACUGUCAUUUGUUGUUACAAUUGCCUUUGCCAUCCUCAUCUGGAUUGGUCGAGGGGAAAAUCCUAUUGAUUCAUCACUAUUGAAAAGGGUUUACUUGGAUGUAUUUUCAGUAGUUGUUCUUGUACUUGGUGUUGCGCUGGCGUGUUAUGGUGCAAUACUAUUCUCGAAGAUGAGCAAAGUGCGUUCUGAAACUGGAUCAUCUGAGAAGCGGAAGGUUGCAAGUUUAGCUGCUGUGUCAAUGAUUUGUUUCUCAUCUUCUGCUAUACUAGCACUUGUUACUAAUGUUCCGGUGCUUGUGUGUUGGUACUCAACAGAUGAAUACAUCGUCAACAAUGCUAUCAUAUUGUUUAUGUACUACUUCAUAGGAUCGUCCAUACCAUCAGGAUUUGUUCUAUGGGUCAUGAAAGAUAUUCCUCACCGGCAGACAGUAGAAAGACCCACACAAUCAAGAGUAGUUACUUUGUUCAGGGAUAGACCAUCCACCACACAGGAUCCGCAAUGGAGGACUGCUGUUACAUCCUCUAACAAGGCCCUCAAGUCAAGCCCGAUUUAACCAGAAGACUAUGCUGUUGAUGCGGAAACCUUCCAGUCUGCCUAAUGUGCUAGAAUGUUACCAAUGCACUGGCAUCUAGUAGCUUUCUGACGGUGGGUACAUGGAUGGCUAUGUAAUUCCUGUUGCAAGGAAACUUUAGUGAUCAAAAAAGAAGGGAAUUACCUGUGAAUGUAGCAUGCUUCUCAAACGAGUGCACAAUAUGCGUUUAUACAUUAGAAUUAACUCUGGGUAAGGUUUUAAGGAUUAACAAGUGUAAAUAGCCAUAGAAAUGAGCGUUUUUCAUGGUUUGGCUGUUCUUUCAGAUUUUCCCCGCCCUCACAUUAGCUUCGUAAACUCACUUUAGUUCAUAAAAGUGGCAAAGUAAUGUUUCAACUAGUCUAUGAGAAAGGCCUUUUGCCUUAUGAAGAUCUCUUGUUAAU